AUGCGAGAAAUUGUAGUGUUUCAUCUCGGCCAAUGUGGUAACCGUGUGGCGGAAAACUUUUGGCAGUACAUCUGCGAAGAGCACUGCCUGAACACGUCCGGGCAGUUCGUGGGAGAGCAUUAUCUGCCGUUGCAGCGCAUCAACGUCUACUUCGAUGAGUCGCCGUGCUGCAACUUUGUACCACGUGCGAUCUUUGCGGAUCUCGAACCAAGCUCACUGAACUACAUCCGUUGUGGUCAAUACGGGAAUCUCUAUUCGCCGGAUAGCUUCAUCGCUGGGCAAACGAGCGCUGGUAAUAACUGGGCCCGUGGUUAUCAUACCGAGGGUGCAGAUCUUCUCUAUCAGAUCGAUGAUCACACGCGUCGUCUUGUCGAGGGAUGCGAUUGUCUGCAGGGUUUCCAGCUAGUGCACUCGAUUGGUGGUGGCACCGGAUCUGGGCUGGGUACACGGUUGCUGGAAACGCUUAAGGAUCACUUUCCGGGCAAAAUUACGAACACGUUCAGCGUUAUCCCUUCGCCGAAGGUGUCCGAGGUGGUGGUUGAACCGUACAACGCCCUGUUCGCACUUAGCUCGAUGAUUCGUUCCAGUGACGAAACGUUCUGUCUCGACAAUGAAGCCAUGUACGACAUCUGUGUGAACACACUGCGACUCCCAAUACCGGGGCUGGAUGAUCUCAACCAUCUGAUCGCGUCCACAAUGGCGGGCAUUACGUGUAGCUUUCGUUAUCCGGGCCAGCUGAACUCCGAUUUGCGCAAGUUGCUCACGAAUAUGGUGCCGUACCGUCGGUUGCACUUUUUUGUCCCCGGAUUCGCCCCUUUAUGUUGUCGUGAUGCGGCGUGUUAUCGUCAGACAACCGUGCCCGAGCUCGUGUAUCAGCUGUUUAGCCGGAAUAACCUAAUGGCGGCUUGUGAUCCUCAAGCUGGGACGUUCCUGACGGCAGCGGCGAUCUUCCGAGGUCGACUUUCGACGCGUAUGAUCGAAGAACACAUGGCUAGUGUGCGCUCGAAGCAAGAGAUGUCAUUCUGCAGCUUCAUCCCGAACAACGUCAAGUCGGCCAUUUGUGAUGUGCCACCGCGAGGCAUGAAAAUGGCGGCCACAUUCAUCGCCAACACGACGGCCAUCACGCAGCUGUUCAAGCGCAUUAUGGAUCAGUUUGGGACCAUGUACCGACAGCGCGCAUUUCUGCACUGGUAUACGGGCGAAGGAAUGGACGAGGCGGAAUUCACGGAGAUGGAGAAAAACCUGUCAGAACUGGUGGAGGAGUACGGAAGCUACGAACAGGCGGGUAAUGUGAAGGUCGAAUAUCCAGAUGAUGAGUAA